AUGGAGUAUUUUGAAUCAGAUGUUCCUAAUAUCCCUGAUCACAAGUUAUCAGAAAAGCAAUUUCUUUUGAGCACGAACAUCGAUGCUCGCCACCGAAAGGAAAUCAUGAAUGAAUUGAUUGAAUCGAUCAAAGAAGAAAAUUUAGCUCCGUACUAUAAGUACUUACAAGGUGAAUACAGUGACUUUCCAUUUGAUGAAUCCGUAUAUAAAUCAAUGGUUGAAAAAAAUGAAGAGGAGAUUGCACAAUUAACCCUGAAGAUCAAGGAAGCAGAAGGAGAAGAGGAAACAGAGCUCGAUGCAUUGACUUGUAACGUCAACCUUGCGGAAUAUUAUACCAAAAUAUGUGAUAGACAGAAUGCAGUGACUGCUUAUAAAAAGGCGUUGGAAUUGCCCCAGGGAACCGGAUCGAAAAUUGACAUUUUAUUGUCAUUAGCAAGAAUUGAAUUUUUUUACAGUGACUAUGGGUUGGUAUCCAAGUAUUUGGACCAAGUCAAAACCCAUAUAGAUAAGGGUGGUGACUGGGAACGUCGUAACCGUUAUAAGACGUACCGUGGUAUCUUUUUGAUGGCUACCAGAGACUUUGCUGAGGCUUCUAAAUUAUUGAACGAUUCGUUAGCCACCUUCACAUCGACCGAAAUCUGCAGUUACGAGCAACUUGCGCUUUAUGCGGUUGUAUCAGGUGCUGUAGCAUUAGACAGAGGCGACUUGAAAUCGAAGAUAAUCGACUCUCCUGAAAUCUUAUCUAUCUAUUCAUCUGCACCAGAAUUGGAGCCACUCAUCAAUCUUACCAAUUCUUUAUACACAUGUCAAUAUGACUGCUUUUUCCAAUAUUUACUCGAAUCGUACGAUAAGUUAUUGCUUUCGUGCAAGUAUUUGAACCAGCAUGCCAAUUAUAUCUUACGUGAAAUGAGAUGCAAAGCAUAUGGUCAAUUAUUGGAAAGUUACAAAUCCUUAUCUUUGAAAUCUAUGGCACGUAAUUUCAACAUCAGCGAGGAAUUCUUGGAUCAAGAUUUAUGCAAAUUCAUCCCAAAUAAAAAGUUGAAUUGUACCAUCGAUAAGGUCAACGGAAUCAUCGAAACAAACAGACCCGAUAACAAAAACAAUCAAUAUCACUUGUUAAUCAAGCAAGGUGAUAACUUGUUAACCAAAUUGCAAAAAUACGGUGCUGCUGUUAAGUUAAGUGGUGCUGAACGUGUUGCGUAA